CAACCAGCCUCGGCGAUGUUCACGUUAUAACAUCUUCCCUCUGUCCAACUUUAAGGGCACUCCAACAAUGGCUUUCCGGGCCCCCAUAAGCCAGCUAACCAAGAGGGCAUCACAAUCAACCAUAUCGAAGUUGACAAGUCCAUCGCCACUAUGGCAACGAACCAGCGCAAACCAAUUGCGAUCAUUCGCAACGCCGGUACCUCCCGUGACACAAGAUGCAACAAGCUCUAAGGGCCCUACUGCUAUGGUAUUCAUGAAUAUGGGAGGUCCAUCAACAACAGAUGAAGUGGGAGACUUCUUGAGCAGACUUUUUGCAGAUGGCGAUUUAAUUCCUCUCGGCCGACUACAAAACUACCUUGGACCUCUAAUCUCGAAGCGCCGGACCCCAAAGAUUAUCAAACAAUAUGCGGCAAUUGGUGGCGGAUCUCCCAUUCGAAAAUGGUCCGAAUAUCAAGCUUCCGAAAUGUGCAAGAUUCUAGACAAGAUCUCGCCGGAGACAGCACCGCAUAAGCCAUAUGUUGCAUUCAGAUACGCGAACCCCCUGACUGAAGAGAUGUACAAUAAGUUAUUAGAGGAUGGGUUUGGUGGCGGAAAGGGUGGAAGGGCCGUGGCAUUUACGCAAUACCCUCAAUACAGCUGCUCGACUACAGGAAGCAGCCUGAACGAAUUAUGGAAGUGGAGACAAAGACUGGAAGGGAAGGCUCCUACUGAUGCUGUUGAGGCCGGAAAUGAUGGCACGAUCAGCUGGAGUGUGAUUGAUCGAUGGCCGGUUCAUCCAGGUCUGGUUGAUGCCAUCGCGCUCAACAUUGAAGACCAGCUUGCUACAUUUCCAGAGGAUGUACGAGACGAUGUUGUGCUCUUGUUUUCGGCCCACAGCUUGCCAAUGUCUGUAGUCAACAGAGGUGAUCCGUACCCCGCCGAGGUAGCGGCAACGGUGCAUGCUGUUAUGCAAAGACUCGGCCAUUCUCACCCUUACCGUCUGGUCUGGCAAUCCCAAGUAGGACCCAACGCCUGGCUCGGUGCCCAAACGAGCGACACAGUUGAAGAGUACAUCAAAAAAGGUCAGAAGAAUAUGAUUCUUAUCCCAGUUGCAUUCACAUCCGACCACAUCGAAACGCUUUAUGAAUUGGAUCAAGAAGUCAUCGGGGAAUCAGGCCACUCGGAGACCAUCAAAAGAUCAGAGAGUUUGAACGGGAACCCAGUGUUCAUUCAAGCACUGGCGGACAUUGCCAAGAGCCAUCUCGACAGUGGCGUGACGUGCAGUAAGCAGAUGGGACUGCGAUGCCCUGGUUGUAAGAAUGAUAGAUGCGCUGAGAGCAAAAAGUUCUUUGCUGGUCAGGGCCCAGGAGCGACUUUCGCAGUUUAGAUGUUGCGUUUAGGCCACUAAUUGUGUAUUUUUAAAAAUGUAUAUAUUGGUUACAAAGAGUCACUUGAU